AUUAUAGUCCCCAAAAACCAGCCAGAAACCCAAUUUUUUUCCCUUUCCCUCAUUCCCCCUGCUAUCGAUUAUCGGUUAAUUAAUGACCCCGGCCGAUAACGAAGGUUGCUCAUUAACGGAGGGCCGAGCCAGGGCCAAAGUCCUCUCUUCCCGGCCUCCAAAAUCGGCAUUUUUCCACCCGAAUCGGACGUCUCUUUUUCUCUCUUUCUGGGGGAAAAUGGAGAAAUUUCUUCUUUUCGCUUUUUCCGCCCUGGUUCUGGGUUCGAGUUUCGGACGAAUGGAAGCUGUGGAAGUGGAGAGGGUGAUAAUAAUUAAUAAUAAUUAUGAUUAAUAACCAUGAAUAAGGAUUAAUGAUUAGUAAGAAUGAAUGAUAUAUGAGAAUAGAUCAGAUUUUAUAAAUAUAUUUUUAUAAAUAUAUAAAUAUAUUAUUAUUAUUAUUAGGAUUAAUAUAAUAUAUUAUUAAUAUAAGGAUUAAUAAGGAUUAAUAUUAAUGAUAUAGGAUAAUAGAUCAGAUUUUAUAAAUAUAUUUUUAUAAACAUAUAAAUAUAUUAUUAUCAUUAGGAUUAAUAUAAUUAAUAUAUUAUUAAUAUAAGGAUUAAUAAGGAUUAAUAUUAAUGAUAUAGGAUAAUAGAUCGGAUUUUAUUUGCAUCAGCCUCUAAUAAUAAUAAAAAUAAUGAUAAAUAUGAUAAUAAUCAGCCGGCUAAUAAUGAUAAUAAUCAGGAUUAAUGAUUAGUAAGAAUUAAUGAUAUAUGAGAAUAGAUCAGAUUUUAUAAAUAUAUUUUUAUAAAUAUAUAAAUAUAUUAUUAUUAUUAUUAUUAGGAUUAAUAUAAUUAAUAUAUUAUUAAUAUAAGGAUUAAUAAGGAUUAAUAUUAAUGAUAUAGGAUAAUAGAUCGGAUUUUAUUUGCAUCAGCCUCUAAUAAUAAUAAGAAUAAUGAUAAUAAUGAUAAUAAUCAGCCGGCUAAUAAUGAUAAUAAUAAGGAUUAAUGAUUAGUAAGAAUUAAUGAUAUAUGAGAAUAGAUCAGAUUUUAUAAAUAUAUUUUUAUAAAUAUAUAAAUAUAUUAUUAUUAUUAUUAUUAUUAGGAUUAAUAUAAUUAAUAUAUUAUUAAUAUAAGGAUUAAUAAGGAUUAAUAUUAAUGAUAUAUGAGAAUAGAUCGGAUUUUAUUUGCAUCAGCCUCUAAUAAUAAUAAAAAUAAUGAUAUUAAUGAUAAUAAUAAGCCGGCUAAUAAUGAUAAUAAUAAGGAUUAAUGAUUAGUAAGAAUUAAUGAUAUAUGAUAAUAGAUCAGAUUUUAUAAAUAUAUUUUUAUAAAUAUAUAAAUAUAUAAUUAUUAUUAUUAGGAUUAAUAUAAUUAAUAUAUUAUUAAUAUAAGGAUUAAUAAGGAUUAAUGAUAUAUGAUAAUAGAUCGGAUUUUAUUUGCAUCAGCCUCUAAUAAUAAUAAAAAUAAUGAUAAUAAUGAUAAUAAUCAGCCGGCUAAUAAUGAUAAUAAUCAGGAUUAAUGAUUAGUAAGAAUUAAUGAUAUAUGAGAAUAGAUCAGAUUUUAUAAAUAUAUUUUUAUAAACAUAUAAAUAUAUUAUUAUUAUUAGGAUUAAUAUAAUUAAUAUAUUAUUAAUAUAAGGAUUAAUAAGGAUUAAUAUUAAUAUGAUAAUAGAUCGGAUUUUAUUUGCAUCAGCCUCUAAUAAUAAUAAAAAUAAUGAUAAUAAUGAUAAUAAUCAGCCGGCUAAUAAUGAUAAUAAUCAGGAUUAAUGAUUAGUAAGAAUUAAUGAUAUAUGAGAAUAGAUCAGAUUUUAUAAAUAUAUUUUUAUAAAUAUAUAAAUAUAUUAUUAUUAUUAUUAUUAUUAUUAGGAUUAAUAUAAUUAAUAUAUUAUUAAUAUAAGGAUUAAUAAGGAUUAAUAUUAAUGAUAUAUGAGAAUAGAUCGGAUUUCAUUUGCAUCAGCCUCUAAUAAUAAAAAAAAUAAUGAUAUUAAUGAUAAUAAUCAGCCGGCUAAUAAUGAUAAUAAGAAGGAUUAAUAAGAAUUAAUAAGGAUUAAUAAGGAUUAAUGAUAUAUGAGAAUAGAUCGGAUUUUAUUUGCAUCAGCCUCUAGCAAUAAAAGAAAAUGAAAUGCAGCGGAAAUAAGAAUAGAAAAUAAUGAUAAUAAUGGUAAUAAUCAGCCAGCUAAUAAUGAUAAGAAGGAUGAUGAUUAAUGGUUAAUAAUGAUUAAUAAAUAAUAAGAAUAAUAUCAGAAGAAGCUAGACCUAGCAGAGGCUGGGGAACUGCCUGAGACUUGGUGGAUGGGAGGGGUGCGAAAGGGCCGGCUAAUAAUGAUAUUCAUGAUAAUUAAUAAUAAUUAAUAGUAAUAAUAAUAAUAGUAGUAUUAAUAAUAACAACAGUAUUAAUAAUAAUAUAUCUUGAUCUCUGGAACUCCCUGACACUUGAAGGGGUGGAUGGGAGGGGAGGGGGACAAAAGCAAGGGCUGGCUAAUAAUAAUAAUAUUAAUAAUAUUAAUGAAAAUAAAUUAAUGAUAA